AUGACUAAUAAAAUGAAUACAGCUUCAAGAACCUGCCAGUUGGCAGAGGAAUGUGAACGAUCGGAAGAUUAUGAGGCAUCAUUACAGCAUUAUAUGAAUGGAAUAGAGUUAAUGAUGAAAAUUUUGGAAGAUACCAAAGAUGAGCAUCAAAAGCUAUUCAUUAGAGAUAAGGUGAAGAAGUGUUUGAAUAGUGCUGAGAAAGUCAAAUCAAUUAUCGCUCAGAAGAAAGCUAAAAACAAACACUCAAGCCAAGUGACACAGGAAAAAAUCUCUGAUGGAUCAACAGGUUAUGACUACGACACUAUCUUCGACAGGUGCCUUGAUGACAGCGUAACAUCGGUGGAAAUCGAUGACCCCUAUAUUAGAAACUCUUAUCAGGUGAGAAAUCUAGUACGAAUUUCUGAGCUGUUAUUAAGGAAGACAAAAGUCAAAAAUAUUACUUUACUAACCGGUCAAGAGUUAGAGAAGGACAAAAGACAUACACAAUGUACACACCUGGAAGAAUUACGGAUGAGCCUACAGAGCCAUAACGUAACAUUUAUGUAUUCUUUUUCGGACACUUUACACAAUAGGGAAAUAAGAUUUAACAACGGUUGGAAAGUAAUAAUCGAUCGUGGAUUAGAUUACUUUAAACCGUUUAAGAGUCAAUUUGCGAUUGGUUACUUCGACUUCAAUUACAGGGUUUGCAAGGAAACAUCAGUUACUUACAUACGAGAUGCUAGCUAAAGUGAUGCGAUAAAUUGUAAAGGU